AUGAUGCGACCAUUGACGCCGCGCCGAUGGGACACCGAGACAAAGGAGCGCUUUGCCGCCCUGCGCACGUUGUUCGCGCUCCACGAGAACUACAAAGAACCCCAGCCGCCGGUGCUCACCCACGGCGACCUCAGAGCCAACAACAUCCUGGCCGACGGCGACACGGUCACAGGCAUCAUCGACUGGGAGACGGCCGCAUGGAUGCCGGCGUAUUGGGAGUACACCAACGCGUGGCACGUCAAUCCCUACAACCCGUACUGGCAGGAGGAGGUGGACCGAUUUCUGGAGCCGAGGCCGCAGGAGCUGGAGAUGGAAAAGCUGCGUCGUUGA